GUGCCCGCCGAGCCGAUGCCUUUUGUUUAUACGAAACAAAAUGACAAAAAUGUGAAAUUGUGUCUGUCGGAUUUUAUAAAAUUGCUUAGCUUUCCGUAUUUUUAUAACAUGGCCACCGUCAACAAGAAAGCGGGGCUUACGACCGCUGAUUUCGAAGUGUUCGGCAAGGUGCAAGGUGUUUACUUUAGGAAACACACCCAAAGGAAGGCAACCGAACUUGGAUUGAAAGGAUGGGUAAUGAAUACAGCUCAAGGAACCGUUAUUGGGCAACUGCAGGGUCCCCAAGGAGCUAUCGAGGAUAUGAAGGCGUGGUUGCAAAAGGUGGGAAGUCCCAAGUCGAAGAUCGAGAAAGCAGCGUUCCGUAAUGAGGGACCUAUCAACAGCUGUGCGUUUAGAACUUUCGAAAUCCGCCGAUAAACCGCUAGUUUUGUAUUAUUUAUUAUAAAACUUUGUAUA